GCAUUCGUCAACUUUUCUUACUUCUCUUUCCGGCUGUAGCAGUAGCGUAGCUGUUAUACCUAGUUGUCCACCAUGUCGGCUCAUCUGCAGUGGAUGAUCAUUCGCAACAACAAUGCUUACUUAUUGAAGAAGCGCAAUAUCAAGAAGAACUUGAGCACAGAGCCCAACAACCUGCUCAACCUCGCAUCAUUCCGCUACAAUGGUCUUGUGCACAAGAAGAGCAUCGGUAUCGAGGCACCACCAGAGAAGGGAGGCAAGGGUUUUGUUGCUGUCUACAAGCGAGGAAAGGCUUCUCACAAGCCAGCCAAGAGCACGGUGAGGAGAACGUUCAAGGCAGCUCCUCGUCGCUCUCUGCACAAGCUGAAGAGGCUCAUCAUGGCGAACAAGUACAGAACUGACCUCUGCAAGGCUGCCUUGAGAAGAGCCAGCGCCAUCCUCAAGUCACAGAAGAGGACAGUGCCUGUCAAGAAGGCAAGAGCAAAGAAACCUGAAUAAAUGUUACAUUUGUUACAGUAAAAUUAAAUGCUCUUUUUAUUUAAA